AUAUGAAAGGCCUUCCGUAGAAUCUCCGUCUGUGCGUGGGUUUGGCGCAGGAACCACUGGUUGUCAAGUGCAGCUGCCAAGUCUAACACGAACACUUGAGCCUGUCCAAGCUUGUGGACCACUUUAUUGAACAAUGACAGACCUUACGCAUCCAGCUGUGUGGUUCUACAUACCAUGUGCAAUAACCUGGAUUUGCUUUGUGAUUAGCGUCGGCUCCCCUGACCGGUUCAUUGACUAUGACUGGUUGUGGCUCUUAUUCCGAAAUAUGUCUCCCUACUUCUGGUCCGCUAUGGGCGUGGCACUAGCGGUGGGAAUGUCCAUCCUUGGCGCUGCUUGGGGAAUUUUCAUAACUGGGUCAUCUCUGGUCGGCGCGGCAAUCAGGGUGCCGAGGAUUACAUCAAAGAACCUGAUCAGCGUCAUCUUCUGUGAGGCGGUGGCCAUUUACGGGGUGAUUGUGGCCAUCAUUCUCCAAACCAAAAUUGAGAUGGUGGAGCCUUUGAAGGACAGCGUGACAUAUAGCAAAUGGGCUAUGGCAUCUGGAUACGCUAUCUUUGGUUCAGGCGUCACGUGCGGCUUUGCCAACCUUGUUUGCGGGAUGUGCGUGGGCAUCGUGGGGAGCAGCUGUGCGCUUUCGGAUGCUCAAAAUAGCUCCCUUUUUGUGAAGAUUCUAGUGGUUGAAAUUUUUGGCAGCGCCCUGGGGUUGUUCGGCGUUAUUAUUGGCAUCAUCAUGUCGGGAGGAGUCAAAUGGAGCGAAGACGCGUAGCACGGCAGGGUAUGCAGCCUGGCCUCAUGUACAGUGUACUUCAGUUUUGUCAGUUCUGUGCUGGGGUUGCGUGGACCAGUGUUUGUGCUGUUGUAUCGGCUCCGUGAACUUCGUCACCGAGCCUGCGAUUUAUGCGUCGGGCUGGGCAGGGAAGUUGGGUUAUAUUUUGGCUUUAACGGAUGUCUGGCUGGUUCGUGCUGGCAUGGGCAGUUUCGAGGGGGUGCAACUUGCCAAGGCAGCAGUGUGGCGUGCAUUGUCGCUCGGGAAAGAAUGCAUGUUACUAAUACGGGAGGCAGGGGAUCUAGGGGAGGGAGAUGUCUGGCGAGUAUCCAAAAGCAGGGGCCGCCACGUGGACAGUGGAGUGUCUAAGUUAUUCUGCUGUAAGGCUGCAAGACUGAG